GUUGACUGGAAGUAGGAGGAGCCAUUGUGCUUGGACGGGACAUUUAUCCCGAGUGGAUCGCGACAGACGAUUAUCGUAUGCGACCCAGUGACCUGUAGGGAAUGACAGGCAGGAGCGGGAGAGACAUGCGAUCAUUCGUAACAGCCCACAGGAGCAGAGAUGACGAACAUUUAGUGGUUCGCAUGAAGAAUGGGUUCGGCAGUUCAAAAUACAAACCUGUUGACUACCAACAACUGCAUGCGUUCACCGAAGCCAAGAGAUUAGAGUCCUCAAGCAUCCAAUUAAAGGUUAAGAAAAUUCAGCAUGCAUCGAAACUAUCGAAAGAGCAGAAUCUACUGAAGCAGCACUCACAGGUGUGGUGGAGGGAAAGCCAGCGACUAAAUGAAAGCAGGGAUAAAGCAGAGUUACAGUUACAGGCAUUUCUGGAUGAUAAAAGCAAAACGUGUCCGUUUUUUGCAGAGAUGGCAGAUUUUGAACAGCAAUUAUCCGAGGAGCGGGAUGAGUAUAAAGCAGGCACAAUACAUCCCAUCUGGCAGCUGAGGGACGAUUUAAAACACAGGAUUUGUCAACUACAACAUCACUCUUCCCUCAAGUCCCCAAUGGAAAAUGACUUUGAUCCGGGGAAUAUUAUGAAGCAGGUUGAAUCCGUUAAGAGUCAACAAACAGCGUUAAUUGAGAAACUUCGUGAGCAGCAGCGGGCUUUAGAGAAGGAACUUUUGGAAUGUGACCUUCAGGAAUGUGUUGAUUCAGAAGAAGUAACAUGUCAGUUCGGUGAGGUGCCUGAUGUUCUCCUGGAGCUAUAUUGUCCAUACCCUGAACUAAAGACCUCAAUUCUGACCGAAUACCAGCAGCUUGUUGGCUUAUACCAGUCCAAGAUGGAGGAGCUUGAUAAUGAACGCAAAGCUAUAGACAGGGAUUGUAAAUGGAGUAAAGAAGAUCAUUGGGUUUUUCAGACAAUUAUCAGCCAAUAUCAAAUUGACCUUCCCAGUAGAAGAACUUUAUACUUGGAUAUGUUAUCUAAACAUCUUCCAUGCAAACCAAGGCAGGAACUGGUGAGCCAUGAAAAGAUGUGGGACUUGCACCGCUUCAAUAAAGAUCAAAGAAGAGCAUUGAUGGAGAGUUGGACACGCUAUAAAAAAGAUUUUCUCGUCAAGGCAGCAAUGACCAUUGCAGAGGCGGGUUCUAUGUAUGAAAUAGAGCUCUUUGUAGCAAAUGACAGGAAACAACAGCAAGAGAUCUGUAGUGAACUUAAAGAAAAGGUCAUGCAAUGGAGAAUACACCAAGAAGAAGCUGCUAGAUUAGAAUCUGCUAUCGCUGCUCGGAGACAACAGGAGGAGGAACAUCAAGAAAAGCAAAGAAGAGAGAAAGAAAAGCUGCAGCGAGCAAACGAAAAAGAGAAAAUACAGAAGUGCAAAGCUGAGAAACAGCAAGCGUGGGAAGAGCAACAGAGUCGGGACCUGCAGCGCCUAGAGCAGCUGAAGAAUAUAAUGGCCCAGCAAGCUGAGAAAGACCGAGAACGGGUUGUUUAUCGGCAGCAGCUGUUAGAGAAGCGUCUGUCAGAGAGAAGGGAGGAGGCGCUUCACGAGGAGCAAGUAGAGUUAGAGAGACAGAGGCGGCUGGAAGCUCUGCGUCAACAGGUGGCUGUUAUUGCUGAAUUUGAUCCCGUCAGAAUGAUGAGCGACACAAAAGCUUGGAAAGCAAGACUCGGUGUUGGGGCAGAAGAAGACAUUUUCCUUCAAAAACCUCUUUUUGAUUUGUACACGUACAAUGAACAACAGAUUAUCUGUGACCCAAGGAUUCGCGUUGAGAUGGCUCUUCGAGAGGCAGGACUGCACAACACCAACUAUGCUCAAGAAAUCUUACCCAAAAUCCUGCCACUAAAACCACCAAGGAAAGACAUGGAAUCUACGAUAUUUAAAAAAUAGUCCUGAGUGUGUGGUAUAUCAUUCAAAAGUCUAUUGUGUUAUUGGGAAUGUCUCUUUAUAUUGCUGAGGACAUGGGAAGGGGGGGGGGGGGAACCUCUCCAUUAUACACACAGACCCGGCGGCUCACACACCAUAUAUCACAGUGUGCUUGUACAGUAAGUGUCUCUUUAUGCAGGUUGAAGAUGGAAAUUGAGUCAUUAGAUGUGAGAGAUGGACUGGAGGUGACAGCUACAUUGCUCCGGUGGAGUUUAGCAGGCUCUUGUUUAUUCUGUGUUUAUUGCUAUACGCAGCAUAACAUAAAUUGGGGAUGUGUGCUGACUCCUGGUGACUGCGGGGGGAGAACAUUGCUCAACACUGUAUAUACAGCCUCAUCUAGGCUCUGCCAUCGCUCGUUAUCAGAGAUCUUUCACACAGCGUCUACGAUGGGCCAUUCCUCUUCGAGGUCGGGUGACAGGCAUAAUAUAAUAGUGUUACCCAUAAUAAAUAGUUCAAAAUUCUGCUUUUGGAUAGGUUUGGGGAUCUGGAAAACUGCACAAUCAGGGAUGUGUAAAAUGUCUGCCCUUGAAUAUCUGUUUUUCUAACUAAACAAUUCUGUGAUGAUUGAGUUCUUUUUAUUCCUUUAUGACAUUCAGGGCUUUUUUUGUGAUAUUGACUUCCAAAAACCCCUGCAUAGGCCUAGGUUUAAAACCUAACAUUCUGACAGCCUGUGGCCACCACUAGAGGGAGCUCACAAUAUACUAUUUAUAUAUUGAAUUUGAUAAUUUGACAACAUGCAGUGAGCUCCCUCUAGUGGCGGCAGCCAACUUGGUAUGUGUAGCAGAGAAACAGACUGCUGUAAAAAUAUAUUAUGAAUUUGUCAUCACAGAAUUUCGGACCCACUUUAUGAUAACGGUUGGUCAUUCAAGCAUUUUUGUUUUUUAUUUUUUUUAGAACAGCUUCUACGGAAAACAGAAUUGUGAUGUUGCAUUCUUUUGUUUUAUAAAAAAAAAAAACAAUGAUUAAUAAUAACCAUAUUUUAUUUAACUUUCUGUAUGUACAUAUUAAAAUAUAUAAGACCAAAUACAACAAUGUACAAAUAUUCCUUACAGUACAGACAAAAACACAACCUCUUGAGAUAAAUUCUGUAGAUACAAAAAGAGAAAAUGAAAAUGACGUAUUAUCAGGCAAUCCCCUUCAUUACCAUAAAGACCCAGAUAAGCUGAAGAAUGCUUGUCGUCAUUGGGACUGGCCAAAUUCUCUGUACCUGUAUGACCAGUUUAACGACGCUCACCUUGGACCGCCCCAUUAGCCACAGUAAUGAAUGAAUAGUAUACAGGACUGAUUUGUAUCUUUGUUCUCACUGCGCAUACACAUAAUGGAGGGGACUGAAGACCAGCCCUCUCUAUGCAGCCGGUUUGUGGGAACAAAGUAUAUUUGGCCACAGCAUCCGUUAUACUAUUUAUACAUUACUGUAGUUUAUGGGGGUGGUCCCAGGUGACAGAAUCCCUUUAAAGGGGUAUUCCGCUAAUUUCAGGUUAUUCCCUAUCCACAGGUUAGGGGAUAACUAUUAGAUUGGUGAGGAUCCUAUCGCUGGGACCCCCUACCGAUCACAAGAACAGGGACCGUGCCCCAAUAGGCUGCCCAAAACGAAGAGAGCAGCAAGUUCUAUAGGACUGAUAGCUGAGUGCUGUACUCGGCUAUCUCCAGCAGUCCUAUAGAGAUGAAUAGAGCUGCCGUGCGCAUGCUUGUCAUGUCACUCCAUUAUUUUCAGGGGGACUGUGGGGUACAGGGCACCCGUUCUUAUGAUUGGUAAGGGGCCCAGCAAUAUGUUUAUACCUGAUCCUGUGGAUAGAGGAUAACUUGAAAUUACUGGACUACACCUAUAAGGCUAUUUUCACACAUGCAGCACAGCAAUAGAUCCGCCAUAGCUGGACAGUGCCGUGUGCCUGCCAGACCCCACUGACUGUGAUGGGAACCGAACCGUUGCAUGCAGCAAUUCUUGACCGGCCAAAUCUCUGCAAUUCCCAUUAUAGUCAAUGCGGUCCUGCCAGCACGUGGUACUAUCCAGCUAUGUUGGUUGCAGAGAACUCCGGAACAAUGGUCUCUGCUGGAACAGCCUGCCGGAUUAAAGUGCCACGUGUGUGAAACUAGCCUAAAUUAUAAUUAUUUACCUGAAUUUUACCAUAUAGUACCAUCACUUUACAGAAAGGUUACAGUUGCCGUUUAAAAUGUAAUGUAAUCUUACAUAUUAUGUAUACACCACGUCUUCUCUCUCUACACAAUACAGGCACUCUCACAUUCUGACUCUUGUUACUAAUUUUCUGAAAGGACAAUUUUGGUUUCAGCAAAAAAAAAAAAAAUUUGCUGUAUACUAAAAAGCUAUAUAUAUAUUUCUAAAAUUCUUGAUGGAUUGCAGGUUCUCCACUUGCUGUAAUUCACUACAAACCUUCCUUGGUUACUUCCAGUGCAUACAGAUCUGUUACAAGACAGAACGGGACUGUAACUGCAAUGAGCCAUGAUGAUCUCAUGACUAGGACAGAUUUAAAUCCACUGGAGGUAAAUAAUGAAGGGUCCUAUUGAAUGACAGCAAGCGGAGAUGUUCAAAACCAUAA